UGAGGUGUGAAGUAGACAGUUAUUCUGUGGUUGUGCGCAGCAGUACUGAGGACAAAUCCUGCCUGGUUUAAGAAAUCACUCAAGUUCUCUGCCCUGGAAGGAUGGACCAUACGCUGGUUUCUUUGCCACCUCUGAACAGCAGCAAUGAAUCUGAAUCUUGUCCAGUGCAGCCCCAGCACGUCUCCAUCAAUGUCCUCCUCAACCUGGUCUUCCUCCUGGGCUUCCUCCUCAACAGCUUCAGCCUGUGGGUCUUCUGCUGCCGGAUGCCUCGGUGGAACCCUGGCACCAUGCUGCAGUUCCACUUGGCCCUCAGCGAUGCCAUUGCAACACCAGCCACUCCCAUGAUGGCCGUGUACUUCGCCAUGGGCAGUCACUGGCCCUUCGGUCAGUUCCUGUGCCAGGUUAAGAUUGCCCUGCUCAGCUCACACUUCUAUGGCAGCACUGUCUUCCUCACUCUCAUCAGCAUCCAUCGCUACGUGGCAGUGGUUCGCUUCAACAGAGGCUCCUGCAUGAAGCGAAAGGCGUUUGUCAAGAAGCUGUGCGCCGGAGUGUGGUUUGUACUUCUGAUCCAGGCUGUGAUUUACGCUUUCAUUCUUCCACUCGGUAAGGCGGGCAGGAACAACCAGUGCCUCUCCAUCCAUCAGAAGGACCUGACCGAGGCGUACUUUGUCAUUAACUUCAUCCUCUUCAUCUUUGGCUUCGUAGUCCCUUUCCUCGUGUCUGCUUUUUGCUAUAAACGUCUGGCAAGCACCUUAACUCACCUCAAUGUCAGUACAGCCAAGGGACUGGUGGUCAAGGUGAAAUCUCAGAGGAUGAUAGGUGUGUGCUUAGUGAUAUUUGGGCUGUGCUUCCUGCCUCUUAACAUGACCCGCACCGUGGGUGUCGUGCUGAAGAAAUACUAUCCCCAACAGUGCCAUGUUCUUCUGCGGUUCGAGACAGCUUAUUACGCAUCCUGGAUCCUGGCAGGAGUGAACUGUUGCCUGGAUCCAGUGCUGUACUGUUUUGGAUCGCAGAGGUUUAUGGCUACGUUCCAGUCUUUGAGGACUGGUCUGAAAGACGUUCAGAAUAGAAGUGAUUCAGAUCUGUCAGGGAAUAAAUAA